AAACUCAAAAGCCAAACAAACCCUCUCCUAGCCUCCUUUACUUUCUCCCUUCUCUCUUUCUCUUUCUCUUUCUCUUUCUUGUAUUUCGCACACACAAACUCCACUCUUCACCCACCUCAAAAUACACACAUACAUACUUCUACACUCACCUCAGUAAACCCAAAUUUGACGAAACAAACAGAGCAAAACAGAGUACCUUUAACACACCAAUUCUUCCUCAAUUCUUCUUUUUUUUGUUAAAUUUUCUGAAUCUUUCCCUCUUUUUCUUUCUCUCUUAAGGUGGGUUUUCUCAAUUUUUCUUGUUAAUGGAUUGUUGGACGUCAUCUCUUAAAGUAGACGAUGAAUUUCAGAAAUUGGUUUUGCGUAUGAACCCUCCAAGGGUUACUGUUGAUAAUACAUCAAGUAGAAAUACAACUUUGAUCAAGGUAGAUAGUGCUAAUAAGAGGGGUAGUUUGUUGGAGGUAGUUCAAGUUCUAAAUGACAUGAACCUAAUCAUCAGAAGAGCUUAUAUUUCUUCAGAUGGAGAGUGGUUUAUGGAUGUAUUUCAUGUCACGGAUCAACAUGGGAAUAAGCUAUAUGAAGAUGAUGUUGCAGAAAGAAUUCAACAGUCACUAGGUCCGAGAGCACGUAGCUUUCGAUCAAGGAGAUCAGUGGGGAUGCAAGCUGUUGUGGAGCACACAACCAUAGAGCUUACAGGAAGAGAUAGGCCGGGCUUGCUCUCCGAAAUCUUUGCGGUCCUCACUGAUCAUAAAUGCAAUGUAGUGGCAGCCGAAGUCUGGACACACAGCUCUAGAAUGGCAUCAGUCGUUUAUAUCACUGACGAAGCAACAGGGUCACCAAUUUAUGAUCCUGACCGCCUCACCAAAAUCGAGAACCUUCUGCUGGCAGUUCUAAUGGAGGACCGCGACAAGAGGAGCGCUAAUACUCUCGUCUCAGUUGGGGGGACUCAUACUGAGAGGAGGUUACAUCAAAUGAUGUAUGCUGAUCGUGAUUAUGAUAUGAUGAACGUAGAUGGUGCAAGUCCAGGGUCUAGCCAGCCGAGAAAACCUCUUGUAACAGUCGAUAAUUGUUCAGAAAGAGGGUACACGGUUGUGAAUUUGCGAUCUGCGGAUAAGCCAAAGCUGCUUUUUGAUACAGUGUGUACACUGACAGAUAUGCAGUAUGUAGUUUACCAUGCCACACUUAUAGCUGAAGGUCCAGAAGCUUAUCAGGAAUAUUACAUUAGACACACUGACGGAUGUCCUAUUAGUUCGGAAGCUGAGAGGCAACGGCUAAUCCAAUGUCUCGAGGCUGCUAUUAGCCGAAGAACUUCUGAGGGUAUUAGAUUGGAACUGUGUAGUGACGACAGAGUAGGACUUCUCUCGGAUGUAACGAGGAUAUUCAGAGAAAACGGGCUAUCAGUCACCCGAGCAGAGGUAACAACUCGGGGGUGUCAAGCGAUAAAUGUAUUCUACGUGAUCGAUUCAUCGGGGAAUGCAGUGAAAAGCGAAACAAUAGAAGCAGUUCGAAAAGAGAUCGGGCUGACAAUACUCCAAGUAAAAGAAGACGAGUACUCAAAAUCUCCUCCUCAAGAUGGCGGAAGAUUCUCAUUGGGAAAUCUGUUUAAAUCAAGAUCAGAAAAAUUCUUGUUUAGUUUGGGGCUCAUAAAGUCAUAUUCUUAAGCAGAAUGUAGACUGAGUCUUAAUAGUAGUAGGUUGUUUGGGGAUAGAAUUGAAUUAGUUGUAGGUUUUAGUUUGUCCAAAAAAGUAAAGCUGUGUAGAAAAGCUUUUAAGCUGAACUUGUGUUGAUGUUAGGGUCAGACAUAAAAGCUUUUUACCUGCUGUCCACAUCCAUCUUGUAAAGUAUAUAUGUAAAUUCUGUCAAGCUGUCAGUUUCGGUUCUUUUAAGUAGGUAAGACAUUGUAAAUAUAAAUCAAUUCAAGUCAACCACAUUUUAUUCGUUUCA